UUUUCUAUCUAAAUAAUAUAUUUUAUUUGGUAAAAAGUUUAAAUUUAGCAAAUUUUGACAAAUUAAUAAAUUUAAAAAAAUUACGUGUUUCAAUUCCGGUGUGGUCCUCUCAGUGGCUUUGCUAUCUUGGCUCAGGUUCAAUUGCUAUUUUUUUGUGAGACUAAUAAAUACAGUUGAUAGGAAUUAAAAAUUUUAAUUUCCUAAUAUUAAAGGAACCACCAAGUAUAUUUUAGAAUAUGAAGAUACAAAACAAUAUAAUAUGUAGAGGUUGUAUGGCUACAGAUAAACCUUUACAGUCCAUAUAUGAAUGUUCAAGUAUCUGUCCAAAUCUACAAAUUGUGAAUAUUUUAUUGCGAAAUAUACCAGAGCUUCUAAUUAGGACAACAGAUGGACUUCCAAAGGCACUUUGCGUAAUUUGUAUUGACAAGCUGCUUAGUUUGCACCAGUUUAGAGAAAUGUGUAUUGCCUCCAACAUCUACUUGCAAAGCAUUAUCGAAAAUAAUGGUUUCGAGAAAUCAAGAGCUUAUUCUUCUGCGAAUUCCGUCCAAAAAAUAAACAAAGAUCCGUUACAAUUAAGUUAUGCUUUAAAAAAAUCCGUUAAAGUCGAAUUGGAGGAAGUGGAUGUGUUAAUUGGUGAACAAAGUAGUUUUUCUGUUGCAACCGAAAGUUUAAAAAUGGAUCAAACUAUAAAUUCGAAUCUUCAAAGAUUGGAUUUGCAAACUAUAAAACGUAAAGAUUUCGCAACCUUCUUUAACAGCAAUAACGUACAUUUGAAAAAUCAGUAUCAAGAAUGUGUUGAUGAAAUUGAAAAUAAAGAAUCAUGUCAGAUUGCGUGCAUUCAAAAUACGAUUAAUAAUGUGAUUAAUAAGGAUAGUUAUAAAAUCAAGAAAGUUGAAUAUAAUUGCGCGUAUUGCUCUAGUACGUUUUUAAAAAAGAGUUCAUUAGGCAAUCACUUGAAGACACACUUGGAGUUAGAAUCCUCUGUUUUAUACAAGUGUAAAGAAUGCUUAAGAAGUUUUAAAAGUCGACGUACACUAUUGAAACAUAAUCGUAAUGAUCAUCCUGUAAUGAGAGAUUUAACUGUAAUGUAUAACUGCAAAUUCUGUAGUAAAGUGUUUCAACAGUCUUCAACUCUCAAAGAUCAUAUAAGAACACAUACAGGGGAGCAACCUUUUCUAUGUUUUGAAUGUGGAAAAACAUUCAGUAAUUCCAGCAAUAUGAAGCAACAUCUUCUUCGCCACACAGGUGAAAAAAAAUAUGAGUGCCCUGAUUGUCCUAAAAAAUUUCCUUGUCUUAGCGAUUUAGCGUCACAUAGCGCUGUGCAUAAAAAAUUUAAACCGCAUAUUUGUGAUGUAUGCGGUGCAGCGUUUGGAAAACCCUUUCAAUUAAAAAAACACAAGAUGUAUCACAACGGUGAAAAACCGCACAAGUGUGAAUAUUGUGAUAUGAGAUUUGUCAUUGCUGACCAUAUGCGCCGCCAUAUGCGAACCCAUACCGGUGAAAAGCCCUACAAAUGCAAAUACUGUCAGAGAGCUUUUACUCAAAGUAAUGAUUUAAUUAAACAUCUUCGAUCUCAUUUAGGAGAGAAUGUAUACAAGUGCGAAUUUUGUCCAAAAGCAUUUCGCUUAGCUUCCGAAUUACGUGAACAUUUUGCUGAACAUAAAAUAUCAGAAUCUGGGUACGUUAAAACCAACAAAGCAAAUACCAACAACAAUUAAUAAAAAUUAUUAUCCAAAAAUAA